GACCAUCCAUAGCGCAAAUGGCAAAAGAAUUUGAUGGUUGAAAUCUGCUGCUUCUGUAAGGGUGAGGAUUCUGGUGUUGCUGAUGGGGGAUGGCCGUUUAAUCGAAGGGAUAUCCUCAAGUGCUUUGGCUCUGUUGUGGGCAUGGAAAUGGUUAUGAGCUCAGGGAAAUUUAUAGAAGCAGCUAAUGCUGCUGAUCUUAUUCAACGCAGACAACGUGCUGAAUUCCAAUCAAAUAUCAAAGACAUCCUUUCAGCAGCCGUAAAAGGACAUCCAGAUCUCAUCCCACCCAUAUUGACCCUUGCACUAAAUGAUACCAUGACAUACGACAAGGCUACAAAAUCAGGAGGCCCAAACGGAUCGAUCAGGCUAAGUCCAGAAAUGAGCAGACCUGAAAAUAGAGGACUUUCUCCUGCUUUGGAUCUGCUAGUUGAAGCUAAAAGGGAAAUAGAUUCUAAGUCCAAGGGAGGGCCCAUUUCAUUUGCAGACCUCAUCCAAUUUGCAGCACAAGCUGCUGUGAAGAAAACCUUUCUUGAUUCUGCCAUCCGGAAGUGCGGUGGGAAUGAAGAGAAGGGUAGAACGCUAUAUACAGCAUAUGGUUCCAAUGGUCAGUGGGGAUUGUUCGACAAGCAAUUCGGACGAACAGACGCUCAAGAACCUGACCCAGAGGGAAGGAUUCCUCAAUGGGACAAGGCCUCUGUUCAGGAGAUGAAGAAUAAGUUCUCUGCUGUUGGUUUUGGUCCUCGCCAGCUUGCUGUGAUGUCUGCGUUUCUGGGUCCUGACCAAUUGGCUACUGAGAGUCUCUUAGCAUCUGAUCCAGAUGUUCGUCCAUGGGUUGAGAAGUAUCAGCGCAGCCGAGAGACUGUGUCUCAAACUGAUUAUGAGGUUGAUCUGAUAACCACCCUCACAAAGUUAAGCACCCUCGGGCAGAAAAUAAACUAUGAGGCUUACACAUAUCCGGUGCAGAAGAUAGAUUUGGGUAAACUGAAACUGUAAGGGCCUCUCGCUGGCAUUCCUUUGACAUCUUUAGGAAGAGAUCAAAGGAGCAAAAUUUUGAAAAUCUGGUCACGUGGUGCUGCCUGAAAUUACCCAGUGUUCUUUUGUGUGCUGUUUGGUGCUUGGCUUCCCUCGGGGCAUCAAAUUUUGCCAGCGGGAGCUCAGUGUAGCAAAGAUUCAUAUUGUGGCACAAUAUUAUUAUUUUCAUUAAUUUUGUUUCUGAUAACGUCCUGCGUGCGAAACAAAUGUGUUUGAUUAAUCCUAUGAUAAUGUGGUGCGAGCGGAAGAACUGUUCCUUUU